CGCCGCCGUCAACCCCUGUGCACUCGAUCUCUCUCGCGCAGCGCAGGCACGGCGAGAAUGACUCGGUCUGGGACUUUGAAGUUCCAUCCAUGACGUAGGAGUAGACCCCACACUAACUAGGCAUGUAAUGUAUCGCCAUGACGCCAUGCCCCCAAGCUUGACCGGCUGACUUGUUCCAUCGGGCCGGCGCAACAAGCACUUUUCUUUUCGAGAUUGAGCAAGCAAUUGUUCAAGUCCCGUCUAAGUGAUGCACUAGUGAUGUGUCAAUAGUCAAGACUGACUGCUCGAGUAGAAGCUUACAGCGAUGUUCCGGCGAACCCGAAGUCCUUCGCUCACAAGGAAAGAUUUUGUUCCGGUUGUUUGAGUCAAAUACCCACCCCCGUAGUUGGUGCCGUUCGUCAAGAUCCGGGGUCUACCUGCCGGCCUGCCGGCUGCCGCUUUCCCCUAUUUCAGCUCCUCUGCAGCACUAGUUCUGUAGCUCAUCACAACUUCAGAAUCCCGUGGUUCCCCCCUUUAUUCAAUUAAUCAACUGUACUCCACCUAGGAUUCUCGGAGCCUGGUGUGCUCUGAAUUCGGUUGAUCAAUUGAGCAGCUUUUCGUCCAGUUCCUGCGGGCUGGAGAUUUGCUUUGAUUGGUGUCUCCUCUCCAUCUGAGAGCAGAAUGCUGCAAUUCCUUUGAGCCACAGCUGAAGAUCAUCAUCCUCUGUCCUUAGGCAGCCAAAAGUACAAAAUUCAGUCAGACAUAACAAAAUGAGUCACAAUAUUACCGAGGAUGAUAUAGAAGACGCACCAUGUUCAGAUGCAAAUUCACCAAUUUUGACUGAAUAUCACAUCACAGUUCCUGCUCUACAUGAUGGAUUAAUGCAAAGGGAAGAUCAUCAUGAGAGACGGCUUCUGGAUUUCCUCAAAGCAACUCCUUCAGUGCAAUGGCUAAAGGAAAUCAACCUUUGUGCGCCACUGGGAAGUUUUAAGCUACCAUCGAUCGGCAUCCACCGCUAUCUCCAUGUUCACUUCGUCAGAAGAAUCGAGUGGAGCUCACUCUUCACCAUUUGCAAGAACCAUCUCAAGCAUCCUCUGAACAUUGCUCUUCUCAUAUGGCUGCUCUGUGUUGCUGCUGCUGGUGCCAUGUUAGGACUGCUCCUGCUAGGAUUGUUGAACGAGGCAUUUCCUUCCAAGGACUUGAGAGACCACUGGAUAGAGAUCGACAACCAAAUCCUCAACGCCCUCUUCACUCUCAUGAGCAUAUACCAGCAUCCCAGCUUCAUCCACCACCUUGUUCUCCUCUGCCGGUGGAGGCCAGAGGACGUCGCCGACCUUAGAAAGGUUUACUGCAAGAAUGGCACCCAGCGGCCUAAUGAGCGAGCACACAUAUCCUUCGUGGUGGCCCUCCUCCACAUCACUUGCAUCUCUCAGUACGUUGACUGUAGCCUGUACUGGGGCUUCCCCAGCAGAUCACGUUCCGAGUUCGCCGAUAACUUCUUCUUCAUCCUCGGAGUCGCUGCGCCUGUUGUUGCGGGAGUGUACACCGUGUACAGCCCUCUAGGCAGAGACGUCGACGAUGCUGCCUCCUGUGAAGAAACCAAGCAUCCUUACACAACAGAAGUCGAAACGGCUGAAGCAAGAACAGUGGUCGGCAACCCGAUGUGGGCAGGGGAGCUGCUCGACUGCAGCGAGGAUCCCACGGCGUGCUACCUAUCGUUCUUGUGCACAUUCUGCGUGUUCGGCUGGAACAUGGAGCGGCUCGGGCUGGGCAACAUGUACGUGCACACCGUCAUGUUCCUGCUACUGUGCGUCGCGCCGUUCUGGGUGUUCAACAUCACGGCACUCAACAUUCACGACUACGUGCUCAGCGACGCCUUUGGUGCUGCAGGGAUCGUCCUGUGCUUCUUUGGGCUUCUGUACGGGGGUUUCUGGAGGAUCCAGAUGAGGAAGAAGCUCGGGCUGCCCAGAAGCAGGUGGUGCUGCGGCUCAGCGUCACUGACGGACUAUGUGCAGUGGCUGUUCUGCUGGCCAUGCGCGCUCGCACAGGAGGUCCGCACGGCGAACCUGUACAACGUGGAGGAUGGUAGUUUCUACAGGAAACUGGUGGACGGUGGUGAUCCAGAGAGUGGACCGGCAUCGAUGGUUGCGCCAGAAGUGCCAGUCUCGUUUGGAGUGCGAGAGGGGAACCACGUUGUUAUCAAACUGGCGAUGGAAGGCGAAAUGAUACCACCCGUCCAACCGGUGGUAGAGUCUGGACGGCAGAGGCAAGCUGGUGAUGAAGAAAUUGUGGCAAAUGGUAGCAGCCAGCUAAAAAGUUGACCCACAGCUGUUGGAUGGUGACUGAUGUUGUAUAGUAUGCGGAAGCUGACGAAUAGAUCUUCCUUUUUGGGAUUGAUGUCAUCAUUUGACAUUCUUAUGCUCUUGGUUUGUCAUGUUCUCUUUUAGGACUGUAGGUCGUUAGUCAUUAGUUAGUCCAUUUCUGAUCAGGUCAGCUACUGGAACACUGUAACAGGUGUCAUCUACUCAUCUUUUCGUGUUCCUUUUUAUAAGAGAAAAAAAAGCCUCAUAUGAUUACUAUGAGGCUCUUACUAUGAUAAUUAUGAAAUAUUAAAUCACCAUGUUGAUGCCAGAAAGUAAGAA